AAAGGCGGUAAUCGUAAUAGCAGCGAGCAGCCAUGGAAGCCUACGCAAGUUCUGCUUCUCUUCCAUCCCUCAUUUGUUCCCAUCGAUCCAAACCCAAAUUCGCGAAUUCCCAUUCCAGUUCCGUACCUACUGCGCCUUCUCAGCCAUUACUUCGAACCACUACAUCGUCCAAAUUCAAGCUUUUCUCUUCCCCUGUUUCAGUGGAAGUACCACUCGAAGCAGCCGACGCCUCCGCCACCGCCGCAUUUUCCUCCGGCGAUGAAGAGAAGUUCGACUGGUACUCACAGUGGUAUCCAGUCAUGCCAGUGUGCGAUUUGGACGAGAGGGUCCCACAUGCGAAGAAGGUGUUGGGGAUGGACGUGGUGGUGUGGUGGGACAGGAACGAGAAUGCGUGGAAGGUGUUCGAUGAUAUGUGCCCUCAUCGCCUGGCUCCGCUAUCGGAAGGAAGGAUUGAUCCAUCGGGAAGGCUGCAGUGCGUUUAUCACGGUUGGUGUUUUGAUGGCUCUGGCGACUGCAAGCUCAUCCCUCAAGCCCCUCUUGAUGGUCCUCCAGUUCAUACAAGUAAAAGGGCUUGUGUUGCAGUGUAUCCAGCAAUAGUGCAUCAUGACAUCGUUUGGUUUUGGCCAAACUCUGAUCCUCAAUACAAAGACAUCUUUGAGAAAAAGAAGCCUCCUUUCAUUCCAGAGCUGGGUGAUCCAUCAUUCACUAAGAUUAUAGGAAACCGCGAUGUCCCUUAUGGGUAUGAUGUAUUGAUAGAGAAUCUUGCAGAUCCUGCUCAUCUUCCCUAUGCACAUUAUGGGCUGGUACCAACACAGCCAUUGAAGGGUAUAUUUUGAUUACUGACGAGCCAGUCACUUGAUUUCAUUUUCGGUAUGAUUUGUGAAGCUACUCAAGUUGACUGGAAGUCCCCGUUUUUACCAGAGAAGCGUGAUAAAGAAGGGGGAAGACCAGUUGAAUUUACAGUGAAGAAACUAGGCGUAGAAGGAUUCGAUGCAGAACUUGGAUUCGGCUACAGUAAAUUUCAUGCACCCUGCAUAAUUUCUAUCCAUACCCAUAUACCUUCUAGGCCCAAUGAGCCAUCUAUAGAGCGGAAGACGGCAUUGGUUUUCAUGUGUAUCCCUGUCAGUCCAGGCCAUAGUAGAUUAAUCUGGGUGUUCCCGCGAAACUUUGAUGUUUGGGUCGAUAAAGUUCUACCAAGAUGGAUGACCCAUAUGGGGACAAACUUACUGCUGGACUCUGAUCUAUAUCUUCUCCAUAUUGAGGAGCGCAAAAUCAAAGAAAUCGGGCCUGAGAAUUGGCAGAAGGCAUGUUUCUUGCCUGCCAAGUCCGAUGGUCUGGUUGUUGGCUUUAGACGAUGGUUCAACAAGUAUGCGGAUAGUGAAGUCGAUUGGAGAGGCAAGUAUACGGGCGAACUUCCUCCAACCCCGCCGAGAGAACAACUUAUGGAUAGGUACUGGACCCAUGUGGUGAACUGCAGCAGCUGCAACUGCGCGUACAAGUGUCUGAAUGCUGCCGAGAUCAUUCUCAAGGUCGUUGCUGUUGCCAUAAUUGGUGUUGUUGCAGCAACCAAGCAAGGGGUGAUCACAGCUUCCACAAGAACUGGGCUGGCGAUAUUGGCUGCGUUGUGUUAUGCGGCUUCCAAGUGGCUGGCUCAUUUCGUGUACGACAACUUUCGCUACCACGACUAUAAUCACUCGUUUCCUGAAAAAGUGAUGCUCUUUCUUCGCAUUUUUGGGCUAGGCAUCGCUUUGUAGUCGUAAUUGACGUUGAGAUGGUAAAUGGGUUGUUCGUGAUCUCUACCGUGGUACAGUAGAAUUCGAAGCAAACACCAUAUCUAGUGUGUAUGAUAAUAAAGUAAGCCAGAUCUUGAAAGCAUUACUGUUGCAUAAUGUGAUGUUGGGCCAAUUAAUGUACAGCAACAUCAAUAAUUUGUCUCCCCAACAGUGCACCCAUCUCAAGAGUCAAAAAGAGUCGGUUUCAGUCAUCUUUCCGGUAAAGCAUGGCAUCUCAUCACAUCUCUUCG